AUGACUAACGGCGAAAGAUCCAGCGAAGAAGAAGAGCAAGAACAGGGAGAGGACGUUUCUCAUGAAACUACGGGGAACGAAAAGCUCAACCAGGAAUUUAUUGAAAAAGAUUCGGUUUCCAAUCGCCAAGACGAAUUGACUCUGAAACAGUGCCGUCAAAAUGUUAAGCGAAGUUUUGAGCUUUCGUCAGAUACAGAUGACUCGCUUACGCUUUUCCCAAACAGUGGGAGUGACGUCGAGGUCAAGGAACUGGAGGAACUGAACCAGAGCGAUCUCGACAAAUUUCAGCAGCUGGACGAGUACGAACAGGCUAGGAAAAGGGUGAAACAGAUGUUCGACGAGCAGGACCAGCGAGAACGAGAACUCGACAGCGUUACGGCCAAAUCCAAAGUCUUAGAUCCAAUUACUCUUGCUGUGCAAAAUCAUGAAUCGGGACUUGCAAAAUUCGAAGCGAUUUUAGAGCUACGUCGUGAAACGGCUAAGAGGAGUCAGAUACCUAGUGCAAUGUUUGCUGCAGACCUCGUUACUGCGAUCGAGGAGCAUUUGCCGAUAGUAGUUGAAAUUCUCUCGGGCAAAAGACCAUCUUUGUUCUAUAACGAAGCGCGCUCGGCUCAGCGGAAGUCGAAGCGCGCGAUUAUGAGUAUCCAGGAAUUUCGCCAACUUGAUCAUCGAAAAUUCGUGGCAGGUUUCUAUGGACUUCGCCGUCAAUUGCGAGUUGCAAAUGAGAUCUUCACACACUUUCAGGACCUUCUAACUUUCAACAAGAAUCCAGUACUACAGUGGUGGGGCCCAAGGGAUUUCGCACAAUGUGUCCUGGCGCCAGAAGUUCUCAGCGCUCUAUGCCAAAAGCAGAUGCGGCUCUCUUCUGUGGAUGACGCAUGGGACGUAAUGGAGAGCACACGAGACUUUGGUCUCAUUGUAGCGGAUAACGACCCGCUCGAGACAUGGGAGGUGGCCAUUGAGCAAGAUGAACUUGUAAAGCUCGGCCUUGGACCAGAGUACUCAAGCAUGACUUAUCGAAAUUCUACCUAA